GCCCCGCGCGGGCCGCCGAGGGCCGCUCGGUGAGUCACCUCCGCCGCGCUGACUGCUCGCGGCGCUCGCCUGUCGGACUCUCACGCCCGGCUCGAGAUGGCGGCGGCGGCGGCGGCGGCGGCGGCGGGCGACUCCGACUCCUGGGACGCAGACACAUUCUCCGUGGAAGACCCGGUGCGGAAGGUGGCGGGCAGUGGUUCCGCCGGCGGGGACCGCUGGGAAGGCGAGGACGAAGACGAGGACGUUAAGGAUAACUGGGAUGAUGAUGAAGACGACAAAAAAGAGGAAGCCGAAGUAAAACCAGAAAUAAAAAUUUCAGAAAAGAAAAAAAUAGCAGAGAAGAUAAAAGAGAAAGAACGGCAACAGAAGAAAAGGCAAGAAGAAAUUAAAAAGAGGUUAGAAGAACCUGAAGAACCCAAAGUGCUGACACUGGAAGAACAAUUAGCAGAUAAACUUCGGCUAAAGAAAUUACAGGAAGAGUCAGACCUUGAAUUAGCGAAAGAAACUUUUGGUGUUAAUAAUACAGUUUAUGGAAUUGAUGCUAUGAAUCCAUCUUCAAGAGAUGAUUUCACAGAGUUUGGAAAAUUACUAAAAGAUAAAAUUACACAAUAUGAAAAGUCACUGUAUUAUGCCAGUUUUUUGGAAGCCUUAGUUCGAGAUGUGUGUAUUUCAUUGGAAAUUGAUGACUUGAAAAAGAUUACCAAUUCAUUGACUGUGCUUUGCAGUGAAAAACAGAAGCAAGAAAAGCAAAGCAAAGCCAAAAAGAAGAAGAAAGGUGUGGUUCCUGGAGGGGGAUUAAAGGCCACCAUGAAAGACGAUCUGGCAGAUUAUGGUGGUUAUGAUGGAGGAUAUGUACAAGACUAUGAAGACUUCAUGUGACAUUUUACCUUCUGGUGUCUUCUUUCUGUUGCCCACAAUCCCUUCAACAUGUAGCACAACUUCCUUUCCUUUCAGUUCUGCCAAAUGCUACAAUCAGAAGUGCAGUAUCUUUUGUGCUGGUUACUCAACCCCUUGACACUUAGGUGCUAAUGUGCAAAUGGGGGAACUUGGAUCUUGCUGCCAAGGGGUUAAAAUCAGGAACCUCAGUUGCUACUAAAUCAUAGUUUAAAAACAGAUCUAAUAAUGUCAUUGUUGCUAUAUGAUUCCAUAGCAGCAUUCACUAAAUUGGAAACAAAGGUUGCAACAUGACAAAAAAUUAUGUAGUAUUUACCAGCACCAUUCAAUAAUACAGCCUUAACCAUACCUCCUUGAACUACUUCAUAACUUGUCAAGAAAAGCAGUUUGCAGCAAGGGCAUGUGGUGUGCACCUAGUAUUAAAAUUGCUUUGUCUUAAAAUUGAGCAUGAGGAUAUUAAAAAUCCAUUGUGAAGAAGACUGCUUAUCUCAGAGUGAAGAUACUUACAAAUUAAAUGACCAAAACCCUCCAACUUUGAAGCUGAAGAAGGUAAACCUCUCCAUUACUGCAGUAUAAUAAUUACUGUGGAAUCUGCGGAGUGCAUAGACCAUCUAGUUUUUAAUUUAUUAGACUUUCUACUGAUGGCGUGCUUCAGGAUGGGGGAGGGAAACUACCUGAUUCAAGUGUCUGAGAAACAAAUCUCUUUUGUUCUUCUAGGCUGCAGUGGAACAACUUUAACAGGGUUGUGGCAUUUCCUUUCCUUUAUAAAACAUUCUCAGCAAACUGCACCAGUUAACUACAGUUUGGUAAACUGUUAUGUUCACAAUUAUGACAUCUGCAAUGUUUUAUAAAGUAACUAAUUUAAUAAAAUUACUAUUGUGAGGACUUAAAUUUUGUGUUACAUCCCAAGAGAUAUUUUUGGAGAGCACAGAACACAGCUCUUGGGACUAAAAUUAUCUGUAUACUUAAGCUUAAUCAAUGCUUGGUGUAGUUACAGCUUUAAAACAAGGAUGGUGUGCUAGGUUGUUAAUAGUGUCACCACAGAGCAACAAAUCUAUAAGGCUAUUUAUUUGGGAAAUUAUUUUGUUUAGAUACUAAGGCCUAAUUAAGUACUUUAAGAACUAUUUAUUUGGAGUAAUGGAGCCUACAACUCAGGUUAUGGUUACAAGCUGUGGGUUUGGGGCCAGGGAUUUAUCUCAGUGGUUCCACUGCCUGCCCUGCAACCACAAGGACCCGAGUUUGAUCCCUGGUACCAAAAAAAAAAAAAAAAGUGGGUUCAUCUUUUUUUGUCCCAAU